AUGUGCCGUUCCACGAAUGCAGAUUCGCAAGCAGCCUUCACGUCAAAGAUUUAUCCAACACCUCACGAGGCGCCCAAGAAGAGACUGGACGACCUCGUCAGGGCUGCGGACACGAACCAAGAAGGCCAUGAGCCAGAAACCACUGGCUCUCCGAUAUCGGAUCCGCGGUUUUUAAAGAGGGAACGAACAUGUGGCACGCCGGUAGAUGUGUAG